AAGAGAACAGACACAGGGUUUCCUUGUAGAGAAGGACAGGGAGUACUGUUGUCACAUACUGUGGAUCACCAGAGAGAACGAUAGGAAUAUUGUUUUUAUUGUCAAGCCAUUAAACAUUCAUGUGAGGAUUCAACAUGUAUUUCUUGAUGCUACUGCUUUUUUUGGGGGCACUUUCGAAGGUGGACAGUGACAGAUGGUCGCUGAACUACAUCUACACUGCCCUGUCAAAGCCAGUUGAAUUGCCUGGUAUCCAUGAGUUCACUGCCAUGGGCCUGAUGAAUGACAAACAGAUUGACUACUAUGACAGCGAUGUCAAGCAGAAGAUUCCCAGACAGGGUUGGAUGAAGGAGAAGCUGCCACCAGACUACUGGGAAAAAGGCACUCAGUCCCGUAAAAGCAAGGAGCAGUGGUUCAAAGUCAACGUCAACAUCCUGAUGGAACGUAUGAAGCACAACAACACUGAUGUCCAUAUUCUUCAGUGGAAGCAUGGCUGUGAGGUUGACAAACAGAAUGACGGCACAUUGAGAUUCAUAAAGGGCACUGACCAGUACAGCUAUGAUGGUGAUGACUUCCUGUCCUUUGAUGAUCUCACUAGUCAGUGGGUGGCCCCAGCUGUUCAAGCUCUGCCAACCAAGAGGAAGUGGGACGGGGUACAGAUCCUGAACCAGUACACCAAGGGUUACCUGGAGAAGGAGUGUGUGGACUGGCUGUCCAAGUUCAUGUCAUAUGGGCACCAAGAAUUCAGUAGUGUUGACUCCCCUCCAAAAGUCUAUGCAUUUGCUAAAAAGGCCAGAACUGAGGGACAUGUUCGACUGACCUGCAUGGCAACAGGUUUCUAUCCCAAAGAUGUGGAAAUGCAGAUUAGGAAGAAUGGUGUCCCAUUGACCAAAGAUGAUGGAGUCCAUUCUGAAGGAGUUCAACCCAAUAAUGACGAGACCUACCAGAUCAGGAUGACUGUGCAGAUCCCAGAGGCAGACACAAAUGAUUAUGAAUGCCAUGUUGACCACAGAACACUGACAGAGCCCUUUGUGAAAAAAUGGGAUGGAAAAUGCUGCGAUUGUAGCCAAUCCACAGUUGUAAUCAUUGGGGCUGUUGUUUGCGUGGUGGUCCUCCUGGCCUUAUUGAUCGCUGUUGUGUUUCUGUGGAAGAAAAGGCAAAUAGGGACAAAGAAAGAGAAUGCUAGCAGCAGUUCCACCUCUGGUCAAGGCAGCCAAAACAGUAUAGACAUCGAUGAAAAGCUGCUUAAUGAAGGGACAAAGAAAGAGAAUGCUAGCAGCAGUUCCACCUCUGGUCAAAGCAGCCAAAACAGUAUAGACACCGAAGAAAAGCUGCUUAAUGAAGAUGCAAAACCUGAUGACUCCAGCAGCACUGACUCUGGGUGCCAUUGAAGUUCUGUGAAGGGAACGAGAAGAAAUCCAAAUCCCGUGAAAUCUAGAUGGCGAGGGCCCUCUGCUUGGAAAGGAUGGACCUAAUGUGUGAUUUAUGGUGCUUUAUACAAGAUGUUUUGCACCACGUGUUAUUCUUUCCCAAGUUCUCCCAUAUCACCCCACUCCUCCACACUCGCCACUGGCUUCCAAUGUUUUGUUCCUUUUAGCACUGACUUUGCUCUAAACAAUUACAGUAGUUAAACUGUACUUGCUGUUUACAGGGUGGUGAUUGUCCCAACUAGCUAUCUUAAAAUGAAUGCACUUACAGUAACUCACUCAGGAAUGAAUAGACCUCUAGUCUCAUUGAGUAUGUAUGGGUAUCUGAACAUUGUUAUUUGUUACUUUAUUAUUAGUUGGUCAUUAUGUGAUUAUUCUGUUCCAUAUUACAAUGCUUUGGCUAUUUUAGCCUAGCUCUGUUAUUGUUACAAUCACUACUACUACUGCUUUAGUAACUUCUGAAACCAAAUGUACAACAUUUAUGUAUAUCUAUAAUGGUGGGUUUUCAUUGCUGAUACAAUUAUUUUUCCUGGAAUAGAUAUGAGCUAUAUCAUGUAAAAGUGUAAUGAUAAUUAAUUUGUUAUUCUCUGACCUAAUUUUGAAUUGUGAUUCAUUUACAGUUGUUCUUCCAAAAUAUAAAGGUCAAUAGGGUGAAUUGAUGGUAAAAACUGUAAAGAUUUUAUUAAAAUAU